GUUGUGCAAGUCAUGGUCUCUUUGAGUUUGUUUUGUAACUAGAUGGGUCCUCUGUGUUAAGGUUAUUUGAGCUCAACUCUCAGUAAAGCGCGGCCCAACUUGGAGAGAGUUGGGGUUAGAGUCCGGGGCCUGCCGUGUGGGGUCCUUGGUGGGUCAGGAGGUGGCUGAUGCUUGCCAGGCGCCUUGGCCCACAGUGCGCGGAGCCAAGGCUGUGCUAAGGAGCAGGCAGGACACUGGGAGGACCGGACCAGCAGGGACACUAGGAUUUUAAACCACAGAUGGGGGAUUCACAGCAACCCCAGAGACCAGGGCAGCCGGCAGAGAAGAGAGUCCCUGAGCGUCUGAACAGGGGGCCAGGAGCCCCACCGCUCCAGGGGCUACUAGGAGCGUCACUGGCGGGUCCUGGGCUCCACCCGCCCCAGGACCCAGAGGGAAUCCGAAUGGGAGGGGCAGAGCGGGUCUUAGUGGGGGGACACUCCAGCGCAUCUGUGUCGACCUGGUGUGGGGGGACAGAGGCUGUGAGGGGGCAGGGACCGGGUCUUGGAGGGGUUCGGAGGCCCGAGGGUCUCAGCGUGGGGAGGCGAGUCUCCGAGGCCCUGGGGUGGGGCGUCGCAGGCGCAGUGUCCGCAGCUCCACCCGGGGCCCCCCUCCUGCUCGGCCUGGACCCCCUCCUCCUGCUCGGCCCCCCACUCCCUCUGCGCCCCACCCCAGCGCUGCUCUCCGGGCUGCGCAGAGAAUGCGCCCGGGGCUGGGUUUCGGUGACCCGCCAUUUCCGGGCACCUCCGCUUCGUUCCCAGGGUCUCGCGCUUGUCCCCUCCCCAGGCCUGAGUGGCUCUGCAUCAAGGAGUCCCGCGCACCUGGCGGUGGCCGAGGCACGUCCCCUGGGCCUGCGAGCACUCUUCUGCGUGGAUCCCAUGGCUGAGUGCUGGCGCCGGGGCAGGACCUUGACCCCAGACCUGGGCAUGAUCCCGCCCACGCUGGCGUCUCCGCCCACCUGGCUGCUGGGCGCGCUCCUGGACCCCCACGGCUCACUUCAUCCGAUUAACCUCCCGACUCCUGGGGAAUGGCGCCUGAAAACUGGUUCUCCGGGUCCCCACCGCCAGGUGAAGCUGGGGCUUCUGGAGCUGCUUAAUCUGGAUGGAGCCCGAGCAGGGGACAGGAGGAAUGAAGAGGCAGUGCUUUGAUGGACAGCUGAAGCUGGAGAAUGAACUGAACUCCCAGAGUGCAAGUUCACAUUGCCUGAACCUGGAGAUGGGUGAGACGGAAGAAAAACCACUCACAUCUGAGGAAAAACUAUUUGUGUCUGAGGAACACAUAGGGAGAAAGGAUGGAUGGACAUUUCAGGAGGAUACAAAGGGUGAUAUAAUGAUUUUUUGUUGUUCCAUUUUUGUUUCAUUCUGUUUUGGUUUUGUUUGGCGUUUUCUUGUUGAGUUGUAUUAUAGUAGAAAUAUGGGAUCAGAAAUUAGUAAAAAACAAACUGAAAGAGUGUUAAGUAAAUUGUUAGAGGAAGGAGGCAUCCCAGUAAAAUCAAGAGCAGUCAGGGCAUAGGUUGAUACAAUACAAAAAUGUAGCCCAUGGCUUUUUAAGGAGGAGUUGUUAAAUAUAUCACAAUGGAACCAUCAUGGUGAAGAUUUAAAAAGAAUAGAAAAGAAAAGCCCAGGAACUCUUCCAGUUGACACAUUGCCAUAGUGGACAUUCGUAUCUUGUUUGCUUAGUCCAAAGAAUUCAGUUCAGACAAUGGUAGAGGAAGGAGAAGACAUAUUGAUUCAAGUAAAAGAGAAGGUCUCUCAAGUUAUUCAGACAGAGGAAAAAAUUCAAGUAAAAGAGAAGGUCUCUCUAGCUAGUCAGACAGAGGAAGCAAGUUUAGAGCAGAAAAAGCCAUCAGGGGAAAAGUUACAACAGGAGACUGCUACUAACACCUUUCUAUCACCAAAGGGCGUAAGUGUCCAACCAACAGCGCCACCUCCAUAUGCUGGGAGGCCACCAACCCCCAUAGUUGAUAGAUGGGAUCUUGAUACAGGACCUCAAAUAUUAGCAUGCCCUGUAUUUGAGCAGGCAAGAGGGCAGCGAAUUCACCAUGCUUUAGAUUUCAAAACAGUAAAGCAGCUAAAAGAGGCUGUAACAACCUAUGGUCCUCAAGCACCCUUCACUGUAAGCAUGGUCGAAUCCAUUACCAACUUGAACAUGUCGCCAGCAGAUUGGACUAGUAUGUGUAAAGCUGUGCUAAAUGGAGGACUUUACCUGUUAUGGAAGGUUGCCAAUGAGGAAUUUUGCAAGGAGACGGCUAGGCAAAAUGCAGUAGCCAGUUAUCCUCAGAGAAAUCUAGGUAUGUUGUUAGGAAAGGAACCUUAUGAGGAUCAGCAGCAACAAACUGCAUAUGAUCCUGCCAUAUACUUACAAAUUGCUGUAGAUGUGGUUAGAGCAUGGAAGACUUUACAAGGACAUGGAGGUUUACAAGGUCAAUUAUCUAAGGUAAUACAAGGAGCUAAUGAACCUUAUGCUGAAUUUGUAGAUAGGCUUAUUCAAACAGCUACCAGAGUUUUGGGGAAUACAGAACAAGCAAUGCCAUCAAUAAAUCAACUGGCUUAUGAGCAAGCAAAUCGUUGGUGCAGAGAAGUCAUUAGACAAUGGAAAAAUGAAGAUUUAAACACAUAUAUUUAAUUAUGUAGAGACAUUAAUGAAUAAGGGCAAGUCUUAGCAGUUGCAGUACAACAGGCUUUAGAUGCCAUGCCAAAAACAUGCUACAAUUGUGAACAAACAGGACAUUUUACAAGGAAUUGCCCCAUAGGAGGAGGGUUUAACAAAACUAGGUAUCAAAGGAGUAGAAUAUCGGGUAUUUGCCCACGAUGCUGUAGAGGGAGAUAUUGGGCUAAUGAAUGCCAUUCUCAAACCACCAUAGAGGGUACUCCAUUAUUAAAAAAAAUGAACAAGGACCAGGUGUCUAUCCACGAAAUCAAGGAGAAAGGCAUCAGACUCCAUUGUCAAAAAACGGACAGGUGGGCCCAAUGCUCUGGGUCCCAUGACCACAAAUAUACGGGGCACUGGAGGAACCCAGCAACACCAUCAGGGUAGUGCCCAGGACACAUUAUCCAUUAGAUCCCUCACUAGACAAACCAGAGGAAUCACAGGAUUGGACAUCUGCGUCUCCACCAGAACAGUACUAACUCCAGAGAUGGGAGUUCAAAUCAUUCCCACAGGGGUAAAAGGACCUCUUCCCAAAGGAACAGUAGGCUUAUUAUUGGGGCGCAGUUCUUCUAUUCUAAAAGGACUUAUGAUAAGUCCUGGGGUAAUUGAUCCUGAUUAUGAAGGUGAAAUAAAAAUUAUAGCCAGUUCUCCUAAGGGUAUAUCACCAGGAGAUAGAAUAGCACAGUUAUUAAGAAUACCCAGCCUACAUGAUAAAUUUUCCAGUUGUAAUGUAGAAAGAGGUUCCAGGGGAUUAGGUUUCAUAGGUGUAGAUUGGGCUAUGCUUUCUUUAAAUUUAGAUUCUCACCCCAUGCUAAAACUAAAUAUUCAAGGACAUGAAUUUAAUGGGCUACUGGAUAUAGGUGCAGACCUUAGCAUCAUCUCUCAUCAAGAAUGGACAAAACAUCAGCAAUUACAACAAGCCACUCAAAUGCUUUGAGGCCUAGGAGUGGUGACUAAUCCCCAUAGAAGUGCAAUGGUAUUAGAUUGGAAGGAUCCUGAAGGAUGUGAAGGAACUAUACAGCCAUAUGUAUUGGAUCAUCUUCCCGUAAAUUUAUGGGGACGAGAUGUCCUAGAUCAAUUAGGACUAACAUUAACAAAUGACAUCAAUUCAAAUGCAUCCACUAUUAUGGCUAGACAAAGUUUUAGGAAAGGAAAAAGAUUAGGAGAACAAGAACAAAGUAUAGCAGCACCAAUACAAAUAGAUCAAGGAACAGACAGACAUGGGUUGGAUUUUCAAAAAGGGCCACUGAGACAAUAAAAAUUACUUGGAAAUCAGAAAGACCAGUGUGGGUUCCUCAGUGGCCCCUGACUAAAAAAAAGAUACAAGCAGCCUAUGACCUGGUCAAACAACAAUUAGUGGAGGGACAUAUACAACCUUCUGUAUCUCCCCAUAAAACUCCCAUUUUUGUCAUCAAAAAGAAAUCUGGUAAAUGGAGAUUAUUGCAAGAUUUAAGAGCCAUUAAUAAUGAGAUGAUUAUUAUGGGACCUGGUCAAUCGGGGAUUCCCCAAUUGUCUGCUUUGCCAAAAACCUGGUAUGUUUUAGUUAUAGAUAUUAAAGGUUGUUUUUUUUUUUUCAAUUCCAAUUCAUCCUGAGGAUAGUCCACGUUUUGCAUUUACUAUCACUGCACUGAAUCAUGAAGGUCCUGAUCAGAGAUAUGAAUGGAAAGUACUCCCUCAAGGGAUGGCUAACAGCCCAACUAUGUGUCAAAUUUAUGUUAACAAAGUAAUCUAGCCACUUAGAAAUCAAAAUCCUGAACUACAAAUAUUUCACUAUAUGGAUGAUGUAUUAUUAGCACACAAAGAUAAAAACACAUUGCUAGAAUGUUAUGCCACACUUACAAACUUAUUAAAAAAUUAUAAUCUAGAGAUAGCAAUAGAUAAAGUACAAUUAAAUUUUCCAAUUAAUUAUUUAGUUCUAUUAUCCUCAACCAUGGUCCGUCCACCAAAAAUUAAAAUACGAGUAGAUCAACUCAAAUCACUUAACGACUUUCAAAAGUUAUUAGGAGACAUAAAUUGGAUAAGGCCUUAUCUAGGCAUACCAACAGGAGAGUUGGGACCUUUAUUUGACAUUCUAAAAGGUCCAUCAGAUCCAAAUUCACCCUGAAUGUUAAUGCCUGAAGCAAGAAAGGCAUUAAAAAUCAUUGAAACAUAUAUGGAAAAUAUGCAUUUGGAUAGAAUUGAUAUAAGUUUGCCUUUAUUAUUUAUUGUACUACCAACAAAAAAUAUUCCUACAGGAGUAUUUUGGCAAGAAGGUCCAUUAUUAUGGAUACAUUUAUCUUAUUCUCCUAACACUAUUCUUACUAGGUAUCCUGAGGCUGUAGGACAAUUAAUACUCAAAGGAAUAAAAGCAGCAAAGGGAGUGUUUGCAAUUUCUUUCAAUAAAAUUAUUACUCCAUAUACUGUGGAUCAAAUUGAUGAGUUAGCUAAUGAGUUAAAUACUUGGGCAAUAAUCAUAUGCAAAUCUAAUGUUUCAUUUGAUAACCACUUACCAUCUAAUCCUUUGUUGUCUUGUUGGUCAUUGCAUCCUGUAAUUUUUCCAAAAAUGACAAGAAAAACACCUAUCAUGAAUGCUCCAAAUAUAUUCACUGAUGGGUCAAAUAAUGGUACAGCAGCAGUAGUUACACCUGAUCAAACUUUUACAUUUUUAGUACCCAAACAAUCAGCUCAAAAGGUAGAGCUUAAUGUAGUAUUACAAGCUUUUGUGAUGUUUAAAGAUUCUGUAUUUAAUUUAUUUUCCGAUAGUCAGUAUAUAGUUAAUGCUAUACUAUCCCUUGAAGAUGCUGGUAGGAUUUCCCCUUCCUCUACUGUUUUCUCUUUGCUUUCCACUAUACAAAGUCUAAUCUGGGACAGAAAAGAUCCAUUCUUUAUAGGACAUAUCAGGGCACAUACAGGAUUGCCUGGAGCCCUUAGUUUGGGCAGUGAUUUAGAAGAUAAAACAUACAUUUUUUUUCUAUGCUAGAAGAAGCUACAAAUUUUCACAAAUCCUUCCAUGUCAAUGCACAUACUUUAAAAAGUCAUUUUAAAAUAAGUAAGGAACAAGCUAGACAAAUAAUAAAACAAUGUCAAAAUUGUGUGACAUGUUUACCACAAGUUAAUCUUGGAGUCAAUCCUAGAGGACUUAUACUUACAUAUCUGGCAGAUGGACGUCACACACUUGCCAGAAUUUGGAAAAUUAAAAUAUUUGCAUGUUACAGUUGAUACUUCUUCUGGAUUUUUGAUAGGCUACCUUCAUGCCAGAGAAAAAACUAAAGAUAGUAUAGCUCAUUGCUUACAAAAUUUUGCCACUGUGGGCAUUCCAAAACAGUUAAAAACAGAUAAUUCCUCUGGUUAUUCUUCUACCUCUUUUAAACAAUUUUACUCAUCAUUUGGCAUUACUCAUAUAAGAGGAAUCCCAUACAAUCCACAGGGACAAGGCAUAGUUGAAAGAGCUCAUCAAACUAUUAAAAUGUACUUAUUAAAGCAAAAAGAGGGAAUUGGGAAGGGGUAUAUAUUCCCCAAAGAUAAACUUAAAAUAACCCUUUUUACUCUAAACUUUUAAAAUUUGGAUUCAUCAGGGCUUAGUGCUAUGGAAAGGCAUAUGUGUCCAAAAAUGUACAUAAGCCCAAGGUACUUUGGAAGGGUAUUCUAACAGACAAUUGAAAGGUCCUGACCCAGUAAUUGUCUGGAGUCGGGGGUCUGUUUGUGUGUUUUCACAGGGAGAACAGCAGCAGAUUUGGAUUCCAGAGAGAUUAACUAAAGCGAUUUCUACAGACCAAAAAUAAGAUGAUUUGGCUCAAAUCCAUAAUAGCUGAUAUCCAGAACUCCAGUUUAGCUACCCUUACAACUGCGACAGAACCAGGAUGCUUUUUUCAAUAUCUAUUUUAUUAUUGCCCUUUUCCACAUCAUGAAGUUCUAUUUUGUUUUUUGAGCUCAUACAGACCUAGGUUAAUGUUUUGCUGAUCAGUUCUAUUUUUUGACUACAGAGUUUUUAAACAUUGCAAUGGAGAUUUCACCUGUAAAAAUUUAUAAGGCCUUUACUAUUAUGUUAUAUGUUGUAUGUAUUAUAUUAUGUGUGCACAUUUGUGUUUUGUGUUGUAUGUUUGUAUGUACGUAUGUCCAUAUAUCAUAUAUGAUGAGCGCUUAUGAAAAAAUGGAUCCAUAUAUGUUUUUUUCUUAUUCACAUGAUUUAAAUGGUUUAAUUUAAAUUGGGUAAACAGCUGUUGAGGAUUGUUUUAAUAUGUGAACAAAAAAGGAGGUUAACAGAUCUGUUUGUUUACUUUCACCUUUCCUUUUCAUUAUAUUUAAUAAUUCUGUUCAGGAUAAUGUAAAUUGUUCAGAAAAUUGUUUUCUUUUAGUGCCUGCUGGAAUGUUCCAUAAUUUUUUCUUUAGCCAUUAUUGCCAGAAUUCCUAUCUUCAUCCCAGUGCUGGUGAAGACAAAGAUAAUACCAAUCUACAGCUUCUGCAAUAGCUAUCACUGAACUGCUUGCAGAACUUGCCUGGACUAUGUAUCACUUGUAUGCAUUGUGAACUAUCUGUUGGUGCAGCGACUUGUGGUAGUGUUGGGGUAUUUUUGCUGAUGGUGUCAUCGGUGGUACAAUUUUUCCAAAAGGAGCCGUCAAUUGGCUUGGUGUAUCCUCCUCCCUUCUGCUUGUGAUGGUCGUUCAGCUACAAUUUGGGGGCCAACAGAGAUGAGGCAAAGAACCACCCCACCCCCCGCUGGUACAAAGGCCUAUCCACAGGUGUGGCUGUAUGCUGGACCAGUAGUCAAUGACAGGUAAAUCCAAUUGCAAUGGGCCAACCUAAGACAGGAGGCUGAUGCCUUGAGGUCAGCUCAUCCAAUUAUGAGUAAGGACCGUAUGUAGUAUUGGACAACCUAAGGCAGGCAUGGUACCUAAGCCAUAUGCCUGUUGUUUAAACAGAGAGGAGGACAUGUUGAGAGCCACAGCUGAAGGGGCCUCAGCAAACUUCCAUCUGAUUGGCUCACCAUGGCCCCAACAAACUUCCAGCUGCUAGCUGUUUGGCUCCUCUGCAGUGAUGCUCAUUGGGCUGUUUCCCCACCCUUUCAGACCACGGACCUGCUCAUUGGGGAACUCUUUUGGCUCCAUCCACACGACCCAACCAAUCGGCCUCAAGAGCAGGAGGAGUGGGGGGGUUGAGAGGCUUGUGGGGAAACCAGUGGUGGCAGUUGGGCUCUGAGGGAAUUCCUGAAGAGCUCGUGUGGUGCAGAGUGUGUAUUCUAAAAAUAAAGUUCAUUUCUGCUGAUAAGUGGCUCGUGAAUUUUGCCCAGCCAGACUGUGGCAGUUUCCCAACACCAUCAACUACUGGGAGGGUCAUCUGGCAUCCCAGGUAUUUUCCCUGUCUCAUGCUGAUUGGUGGUUGGUAGGGGUCCCCACCUAGCCUGAUUGAAUCAGGGACACCUGGUGCAGCAGAUCUCUCCUGUUAUUUGCAGAUAAACAACUCAGCAGGAUGGAUUUGUGCCUAGGAGUUCUCUGUGGGUCUUUCCAAAGACAAGGGUCAUGCCCCCUUCCUUGGACAGGCUUUGCUCUGAGGUAGAGGCUGGUUCCUCAGGUGCCCUUCAGCAGAUGAAUGGAUAAAGAAAAUGUGACACACACACAUACACACACAAGCACACACAUGGAGUGUGGGGAGAAAAAAAUAAAAGUCUAUUGAAUUAGACA